CUUUUUUUUUUUUUUCUUUUUUUUUUUUUUAGUUUAGUAAAUUAAUGCAGCAAGAAACUCCCAAGAUCUGGCAAGCCCUAGCAGGGGAGAGAGGGCAGAGGGGAAAUGAAAUGCAUUAGGAGGACACUGAGCCACUUCCUUUCUGAGUGCAAUGGGAGUGCUUCCCAAGAAACUUCCCCUUCACUCUGGCCCUGAGCAAUGGGACAUCUUCCCUACAGCAGCAAUAACUUAUUCGGGAGGAAAAUAACCCAGGAAGCUGGAAUCAACAGCACCCAAACGGCAAGCAGGAAAGCAACACGACCGGGACUGCAGCACGGCUUCACACUGACAAAUUCCUGUGGAUGUAAUUAGGAAGACACCCCGGCUAGCAGCAGAGAUUAAAGCCCCGGGUUGUUGAGGGUCGCCCCCCUCCCAUCCAACCCCACCACCCCGAUGGCAAAUCUACAUCCCCUGCAUCUCUCCCACUCGCCAGCCUGAUGUCCGGAACGGGAUCCAGCUGAAGGGAGAUCUCGGUGCUGGAAGCCUGGUCCUCCGGCCCCGAAGCAAGCACUGCAGUGGCGGGGCACAGCGGAGAGGCGGGCCAAGCUAAGCCAAGGCAGCGCCGGAGCGGAGAGGAGCCGCCGGCAGAUCCGCAGGCGACCGCGGAGCGCCCAUCACCGCCGCUGUCCAGGGUGCUGAGCGGGGCCGCCCUCUCCGCUGCUGUCCGGGGUGCUGAAGGAGCCGCCCCGGCCUUGCCCCCGGCCCGGGGGGGGUGGUUCGCUUCUCUCACUAAUUCUCCCCCAAGUGCCGGGCUACUUUAUUGGCCAACCCCACCGGCCCACCCCUCGCGGAGUACAAAAUAAACAUCAUAGUGAGAGCUGGAAAAAUGUGCAACGUCAACGCGCUCGGAGUCUACGUGUGGGAGACGAUCGUUUUCUUCAGCCUGGCAGCUUCCAAAGAAGCUGAAGCAGCAGCACGAUCUGCGCCCAAGCCCAUGUCUCCUUCUGAUUUCUUGGAUAAGCUGAUGGGGCGGACUUCAGGAUACGACGCCAGGAUCAGGCCAAAUUUCAAAGGCCCACCAGUGAAUGUCAGCUGCAACAUAUUUAUCAACAGCUUUGGUUCAAUAGCAGAAACGACAAUGGAUUAUAGGGUGAAUAUCUUCUUGCGGCAGCAAUGGAAUGAUCCGAGGCUGGCAUACAAUGAAUACCCAGAUGACUCCCUGGACCUGGACCCUUCUAUGCUAGACUCCAUCUGGAAGCCUGACUUGUUCUUUGCAAAUGAGAAAGGGGCCCAUUUCCAUGAGAUUACUACAGACAACAAGCUGCUGAGGAUUUCCAGAAAUGGGAAUGUACUCUACAGCAUCAGGAUCACACUGACUCUGGCCUGCCCCAUGGACCUGAAGAACUUCCCCAUGGAUGUACAGACAUGCAUCAUGCAAUUAGAAAGCUUUGGCUACACAAUGAAUGAUCUAAUAUUUGAGUGGCAAGAAAAAGGAGCUGUACAAGUUGCUGAUGGGCUGACAUUGCCUCAGUUUAUCCUAAAAGAAGAAAAAGACUUGAGAUACUGCACAAAGCACUACAACACAGGCAAAUUCACCUGUAUAGAGGCUCGUUUCCACCUGGAGCGGCAGAUGGGUUAUUACUUGAUCCAGAUGUACAUCCCCAGCCUGCUCAUCGUCAUCCUCUCCUGGGUCUCCUUCUGGAUCAACAUGGAUGCAGCACCAGCACGGGUUGGCCUGGGGAUCACCACCGUGCUCACUAUGACCACUCAGAGCUCUGGUUCCCGAGCAUCACUGCCCAAGGUGUCUUAUGUGAAGGCUAUUGACAUCUGGAUGGCCGUGUGCUUGCUGUUUGUGUUCUCUGCACUUCUAGAGUAUGCUGCUGUUAAUUUCGUGUCCCGGCAGCACAAAGAGCUUCUCAGGUUCAGAAGGAAGAGAAGGCAUCAUAAGAGUCCCAUGCUGAAUCUGUUCCAGGAGGAUGAAGCCGGUGAAGGCAGGUUCAACUUCACCGCCUACGGGAUGGGGCCAGCUUGCCUACAAGCCAAGGAUGGCAUCUCCGUCAAGGGUGCCAACAACAACAACACAGCCAACCCUGUCCCCCCACCGUCCCGCUCCCCCGAGGAGAUGCGAAAGCUCUUCAUCCAGCGAGCCAAGAAGAUCGACAAGAUCUCACGCAUCGGCUUCCCCAUGGCCUUCCUCAUCUUCAACAUUUUCUACUGGAUCAUCUACAAGAUCGUCCGCAGAGAGGAUGUGCACAACCAGUGAGGGAAGGAGCGCAGCUGAGAGGGAGAGAGCAAUCCUUUAUAUAUGUGCAAUAGCAAUGCAGCAAUGCAUGAAUUUAAGAAUGUGGCAAUAUCUACUAAAAAACAAACAAGAAAAAGCAGGGGGGAGGGGGGCUGGGAGGGACUUUUAAUCAUGUGAACCAAGGAUAAGAGGCACAGGGAGAAGAAAACAAGCUCUUGAGUCAGGGAGAGCAAGGGUAGGGUUUAGUUUUACAGCAUAGGAAGGUUUGGAUUGCUCCAGCUGCAAUCCAAGCACUGUAAUAUAUUACUAUAUAUUCAUGCUUAAUUAUAAUGCAAAAGAAAACAAUCAAAAAAGAAAAGAAAAAAAAAAGAUGAAAAAAAUCCUUUUUUUAAAGCCUAUUAACAGCUUAGAUUCUCAAGUCACUGGAAUGAUCCAUAACUCCAUGUGCAGAAACGUCCACAAUCACGCUUUAUCUGACUUUUGCUAUAGAAAGGCCAUACCAGUAAAGCACGUGGGG